AAAUAUAAACUUUUAAUUUAUCAAACCCUCAAAAAUAACGUAGAGAUCGAAAUACACCGAAUCGUUGACAAAUCCAAAAACAUGCACUAAAUGUUUUACUGCAGAUCGAUCAGUGUAAAAUUUGGCGUCGCAAUCACAAAACCUUUAUUGAUUUUUUUUUUGUAAAUCAAGAGACGAAUUUGGAACAUAAGUGUGUAUUCAUUCAAAAGGUCUUUAAUCGGAUUCUAAUCAAAAAUCGAUUCUUGAUCUGGUUUGGAUCUGAGAAAGUGUCGAUAUGAGAGUUCGAUCUAGAGGGUUUAAGAGACAAUGACUGGAAUGUCCUUUGGACUUGAGAGUUAUGAUGGCUCAUUGCACUUACUCAAACCUUGAGAUUUUGAGUCUGCAUUAUCUUCUUCUUGUUUCUUCACAAUGCUCACUUCUAAUUCUAAAGAGAAGGAAAGGUCUCUCUCCUUCUUAUGUUGCUGGUACUUAGGUCGUCGACGAGUUGCUAUGCUGCUCCUUCUUAGCCUUGCAUUUGUUGUCUUUGUCUUGGGUUCUUACACUAUCAACAAAGAGAGCAAUAGUCCAAACAUUCAUCAGAGUAUUGAGACGAUGGAUUUUGGAAGCAACCAAACACCGAUAAGUAGAGAAUUGACUUCUUUCUAUACACAGAACUCUGAUAAUGAUCAUAUUAGAGAUUCUUUUAAGUGGAAUGGCAUUGGAGGAAGUGAUGUAGACGUCAACCAUCCUUCUCCAUCGCAUCACCAUCCAUGUGAUAGUUUUUCAUUUCCUCCUCCUCCACCACCUGAAAUGAGAAGGCCUGGUCCACGCCCGUGUCCGGUAUGCUAUCUACCUCCAGAAGAGGCAUUAGCGCAUAUGCCAAAGUAUCGAUUUGAAUCUCCCGUGCUCAAGAAUCUGACAUAUAUCCAUGAAGAGAGUCCUGUAAAACCUGAAGAAAGUCAAGGAGGCUCUGAUUUCGGAGGUUAUCCUUCUCUUGAGCAUAGGGCUAACUCCUUUGACAUAAAAGAGUCCAUGACAGUGCAUUGCGGAUUUAUUAAAGGAACAAAACCGGGUCACCAAACUGGAUUUGACAUUGAUGAGGAUAUCCUUCAUGAGUUGGACCAGUCCCAUGAUGUGAUUGUCGCGUCAGCGAUAUUUGGAAAGUAUGACAUAAUUCAAGAACCAGUGAACAUCAGUGAAAUGGCGAGGAAGAACAUCCCAUUCUACAUGUUUGUUGAUGAAGAAACACAUUUAUACCUUAAGAACACGUCGAGUUAUACAGACGAUAACAAGAGAGUAGGAUUGUGGAGGAUCAUUGUUGUACAUAAUGUCCCUUAUUCCGAUGCACGGCGUAAUGGAAAGGUUCCGAAGCUUCUAUUGCAUAGAUUAUUUCCAAAUGUCCGGUACUCUAUAUGGGUUGAUGCAAAGCUCCAGCUUGUUGUAGAUCCAUAUCAAAUCCUUGAGAGGUUCUUGUGGAGAACGAAUUCUAGUUUCGCAAUCUCGAGACAUUACCGACGUUUUGAUGUGUUUGUAGAGGCUGAGGCGAAUAAGGCUGCAAGAAAGUACGACAAUGCCUCAAUUGAUUACCAGGUAGAGUUCUACAAGAAGGAAGGUUUAACACCUUAUACCGAGGCUAAGCUUCCAAUAACUAGUGAUGUUCCUGAAGGUUGUACCAUCAUAAGAGAACACAUACCGAUCACAAACCUUUUCACGUGUGUUUGGUUCAACGAAGUAGACCGGUUUACUUCCAGAGAUCAGCUAAGCUUUGCAAUUGCAAGAGACAAGAUAAGAGAGAAAGUUGAUUGGAGCAUCAAUAUGUUCUUGGACUGUGAAAGACGCAACUUUGUGAAACAGGUUUAUCAUAGAGACAUUUUGAUGAACAUGAAACCUCCUCGAGCUUCUUCUAGGAUUUUUAUCGAGCCACCGGCUUUGCCACGUGGAAGAUUAGUUGGUGGUAGAGCCACAACGGGGAAGAAGACUCCGGGACAACGUGGAAAAAGGCGUCACCGGAAAGUUUCAGCCGGUGGAAGAAACAUGAGAUAGAGAGAGAGCUUCUACACAUCUUCUUCUUCUGCAAGAUUUAUUCUUUGAUGCAAUUUUUUUUGCUCUUAUUAUAUUACAGUUCAAAGUAGUUAGAAGAAACAAAUCUCGUGAGUUUCUGUCAAAAGAUCCAAAUUGUGAUUUUGAUAUUUUGUCCUCUUAACUAAACUAACUGAUAAAUCUUUGGCCAAAUUUAUAUAAAUUGUUUUAACCAUUAUCA